CUGUCAUCUGUGAGGACGACUCUUCUCUGGCUUUUCUUAUCCCCAACAGUUGUUUGUCAUGAAAGGACCCACUCUCAUGCCGAGGACGAGCUCUUCAAAAAACUGUUUGUUGGUUACAACAAGUGGUCCAGACCUGUGCCGAACAUCUCGGACGUGGUCAUUGUCAAGUUUGGCCUCUCCAUAGCACAGCUCAUCGAUGUGGAUGAGAAGAACCAAAUGAUGACAACCAAUGUAUGGCUUAAACAGGAGUGGAACGACUAUAAGCUUCGCUGGAGACCAUCCGACUAUGAUAACGUGACAUCCAUCAGAGUGCCCUCCGAUCUCAUAUGGGUACCGGAUAUUGUCCUCUACAACAAUGCUGAUGGUGAAUUCGCUGUUACACACAUGACCAAAGCUCACCUAUUCUACACCGGCAAAAUUCGCUGGGUCCCCCCAGCGAUCUACAAGAGCUCCUGCAGCAUUGACGUCACUUUCUUCCCCUUCGAUCAGCAGAACUGCAAGAUGAAGUUUGGUUCCUGGACCUAUGACAAGGCCAAGAUUGACCUGGAGCGAAUUGAGAACACUGUGGACCUCAACAACUACUGGGAGAGUGGUGAGUGGGCCAUUAUCAAUGCCGUGGGCACAUACAACACCAAGAAAUACGACUGCUGCCAUGAGAUCUACCCGGACAUCACCUACUUCUUCAUCAUCCGGAGGCUCCCACUUUUCUACACCAUCAACCUCAUCAUCCCCUGCCUCCUGAUCUCCUGCCUGACCGUCCUGGUCUUUUACCUGCCCUCAGAUUGUGGCGAGAAGAUCACCCUGUGCAUCUCGGUGCUGCUGUCCCUCACCGUGUUCCUCCUCCUCAUCACCGAGAUCAUACCAUCCACGUCACUCGUCAUCCCGCUCAUCGGCGAGUACCUCCUCUUCACUAUGAUUUUUGUCACCCUCUCCAUAGUCAUCACGGUUUUUGUGCUCAACGUGCACCACCGAUCCCCCGGCACUCACAAGAUGCCCCGUUGGGUGCACACAGUGUUCCUGGACCUGAUCCCGCGCUGGCUGUUGAUGCGGCGACCCGCGCCAGAUGGACGGCGCCGCAGGCUGCUGUUUCUCCAGCAGGAGGCGGCGGCAGAAAGGCGGCAAGGCCAGGCAGCUGGGAAGCAACCGGGCAACUGCCUCAGUACGUCUGCCAACUGGCUAAGAGACGAGACUGCAAUGGAGGACACCGAGAGACGCUGCUACGAGGACUUGGAGCUGGGAACGCUGGCAUCAUAUUUCUCCUUCCGCCCACCUUCACCCAGACCCCCUGGCUCGACUCCUCCAGGGCAACAGAAGAACUCGCACAACCCCCAGAGUCGCCAGGAGGGGGUCAGUGGAGGGAAGAACAGAGUGUCGACAGGAGGAAGAUCGAAUCUUACCCAACAGCCGAAUAAAGUGGACAAUAUGUCUUCAGAGUCAUCGUUUCUUCUCUCAGCAAGUGUUAUACGUGCUCUUGAAGGGGUGCACUAUAUUGCGGACCACCUGAGAGCAGAGGACGCAGAUUUUAGCGUAAAAGAGGACUGGAAAUAUGUUGCCAUGGUGAUUGACCGCAUCUUCCUGUGGAUGUUCAUUAUUGUGUGCCUGCUUGGCACCAUAGGACUCUUCCUACCACCUUGGCUUGCUGGCAUGAUUUAA